GUAUCCUUAGACUUGCACAAAGGCGAUCGGGUGGGUAUACAGGGUUCGUCGGGUGUCGGAAAAAGUCAACUUUUGCGAACGAUUGCCGGUUUGGAGCCAGUCGCGCGCAAUACAGUGACAUUGGAAGGAAUUCAGGCAUCUCACUUUGGUAUGCCGAAUUGGCGACGGCGUGUGGCGCUGGUGCCCCAAAACCGACUGCUUGUCACCUCUAGUAGCGCUAGCACGCCGCGGGAUGUCGAGUGCGGCGUAAAUGGUGAUUUACACAAGGAUCCGACUGAAAUUGCGGCAGCCUGGGAUUUGCCGUCGUCUUGUUUCGACCAGUCCUGGUCGACCCUUUCGGGUGGUGAAGCUCAGCGAGCAAGUUUGGCCAUAACUCUUGCUUUGCAGCCCCAGGUACUCCUUCUAGACGAAUGCACGAGUGCGUUGGAUGCCGAAACCUGUGCAAAAGUUGAAAACACGUUGAUGCGGUCGCAAAUCCCAAUCCUGUUGGUGUCCCACGCCCAAGCGCAAUUGGAUCGG